ACCCCCUUCCUGCCCAGGCCAAUUUCCAGCUUUCAGCGCUUGUCAUUAGUACAGUGUCAGUGCUUUUUAUUAGCACUGAUCACUGAAUUGGUGUCACUGGGGAUGUCAGUGACAGUCAGAAUGCACGCUGUAGUCCCACUAUAAGUCACUGAACGCCACCAUUACUAGUAUAAAAAAUAAAAAAUUCCAGUAUCUAUACCGCCAUUUGUAGACGCUGUAACUUUCAUGUAAACCAAUUAAUUUACACGUAUUGGGAUUUUU